AUGGCCGAGGUCGGGAACAGCAGCAGCGCGCCGGAGAUGAUACUCGUCGUCUUCCUGCUCUGGCUGUACUACCAGUACGCAAAAAACAAGGAGGCCGCGCCGAAGAAGGCGGAAUCGGGGGUGCAGACCUGCUCGACGCAGGGCACCUCCGUCAGCCGUAUCGUUUCGGAAAUAAACCGGAAAACCGCGAGAUCGGGCGCGUCGAUUGAGACGGCGCUCAGCCCGUUGCACCACGACUUGACGCCGACGAGUAGCCAAGUGAAAACCGGACGCGCCGAGUCGGUGGAGGACACGCGCAAAAAGUUCGAGCAACAACCCCCGGCCGCCGCCACCGAGCAGCAGCAGCAAAAGUCGGCCUAUUCGGUAUCCUCGGAGUCGUUCCCCGUCAAGCUCGGCACGCCCUACCAGGCGCCCAGCGGAACGAAUUCCGGAUACGCACGACUGCCCGGGGCUGAGCGAACACCUAGCCCAAACCCGCGAGCCAUCAAGCCCGCCUCGCACACGUCCCAUGAAGCCUACAAA